AUGUAUGUGCCUAAGUCGUCGGCAUCCGGCUCGGAGUCAACGACCGAGAGGCCGUUGCCCUCGGCGUCCGAUCGGAUGCGGUUCUGGGCUGCGUUGUUCCCCCGCGCCCUGGACAGCUUCAAAGAGCGGCGCACCGUCGAGCCUAAGGGACGACUCCAAUCUGGCCAAAGUAUUCGGAAUCUGUCGACCUGGGAGCAGGUGCUCGAGCGCCUCCGGACAGCCCGACAAGGCUAUGACAACCCUCAGGGACGGUUCGGGGCCGCGAGAAAGGGUAUACAAAACGCCAUAGACAAGUCGCAGCCUCUUCGCGGAAUUGUUAACUUAAUUCCGGACAACAACUAUUUCGCACCCGUUGUUGGGGCGCUGGGCAUCAUCUUGGACGCCGCAAAAAAGGCAACGAAUCUGCGCGAGGAAGUGGCUGCCGGGCUAGACAACCUAGCAAAGAACUUUGAAGACAUUGAGACCUUUCUCAUAACCUUCCCCCAUGACCAAAAUAUUGUCCGUAGCUCGGUCGAUCUCCUCGCGUCGAUGCUCAAAGCGAUCGAGGAUGUUAUAGGUUACUACAUGCGAAAUACCAUGUCCAAGGCUGUCGCCGCUCUCAUCUUGCAGAACGAUUAUCAAGCAUCGCUCACGGCGAGCCUCGAGGAAAUCACGUCCAACGGCCAACUAUUGCUCAAGGAGGCAGCGAAGUCCAACUUUUGGCAGAACCGGAAGACAUGGGAGGUGGCAGAGGAGAGUUCGAUGAACAUGCAGAAACUCCACCGAGCCAACCUACAUCUUACCGCCGAGGUCAUCUAUUACCGGGAGCGGACGCCAUCUCCGACAGGGCAUUUGCCCACGACGCCGCCACCGAUCAGCCAGGAAGACCUGAAGACCGGGCUUCUGGAAGCUACCGCUAGUGUGUUGGAGAAUGGUAUCCCAGUCGAGCAGAUCAUACAACGCAGAGAAAUUUUCCCGGAGGCGGAGAGAGAGGUCGCGGAGCGGAUCGUUAUCAUGUCCAAAUUCAGAGAAUGGCUCGCCGCUCCCGUGUCCCGCGAGCUCUUGAUUCACGGUAAUUUUGAGGGGACGCAAUACACGCACUCUUCUCACCUUGCCGACCAUUCGAGGACCGGUAGCGGUAAUGGAGCUGCAGCAUUUGUCGGCGGCUUGGGCAUGAUUCAGAGCUUGGCUGCGCAGCUUCUGGCACAACAAUCAUUCAGUCUCGACCAGAUCCUCACCCAACGGCAUGCCACAUCCGUCAACAUGCAAGCCAUCCGCGACGGCGAUAUUGGCCAACUCCUAAACCUCUUUACUGAGCUUGUCCGGCAGCUCGUCCGCACCGGAACCAGCACAUUCUGUUUGAUUGACGGCAUCAAGUACUACGAGAGAGAGGAGUAUCUUGAUGGUGGUACCUAA